CAACUAUUGCAGUCUGCAGCCAGCGUUGUCUGUUUUCCCUUUCCUUCUAUCUUACUCCAUUUUCCUUCAUUCUACCGCAGAUCCUGAUUCUCCAUUCCCGGCAAAGGAAAAGGAAAAGGAGAAACACGUUUCACUGCAAUUCUUCUUCUGGUUUUGGUGAAAGAGAGAAUUGGAUGGUUGUGGGGUUGUGAUUAUGAAUUGAAGUGUGAUUGAGGAGAAAUGAAUGUGAGCCAUGCUUCGGUUCACCCAGUUGAAGAAGUUCCAACAACUGAAGGUGGUGCUGACCAACACCUCAACGCUAACGCUAACGUUAAUGCUAACGCUCCAAGGGUGAGGAUGAAGGAUAUCCAAGGCAUGCCCGGCACUGCCGGUGGCCUUUGUUUGCGUGUCUCUCAGUUUGUUUUUGCAGCUGCUGCACUAUCUAUCAUGGCCUCCACUAGUGAUUUCCCUUCAGUCACUGCAUUCUGUUACCUUGUUGCGGCUACCGGCUUGCAGACUUUGUGGAGCUUUCCAUUGGCUAUUAUUGAUGUAUAUGCCCUUUUAGUAAGGCGCUCUUUGCAGAACUAUCGAGUUGUCAGUUUGUUUACAGUUGGUGAUGGGGUCACUUCUACCCUUACAUUUGCAGCAGCCUGUGCAUCAGCAGGCAUCACAGUCCUUAUUGAUAAUGAUCUUGCAAGUUGUGGACAGAACCACUGUGUGCAGUUUGAAACGGCUACAGGCAUGGCUUUCAUUUGUUGGUUCACCACAGUGCCAUCGUUUCUCCUGAACUUCUGGUCCUUGGCAUCCCGGUAAUCAAGAACAGUGACACAACACGCACAGAAACUUGGGCAGCUUGUAAAAAAACUGCACGCCUCUGCAGCCUGGAAGAUAAAAGAGAAGGAAACAAGUUAAAAAGGACAAAAUUUUAUUCCUUUGGCUCGUUUGGUAUCAAAUCGAUGGUUACUUAUGGUUCAGGCGUUUACUAUUCUCCAUUUCUUCGUUGCCGUGCGAGUAACAACUAAAUAAUGUAUAGCGAGAUUGACCGUCCUCGAGUUUAGUUGUGUAAUAUCUGAAUAGGUAAAGAAACCGAUUUACUGUCUAAUAGUUCAAUCAUGGUUGAACUGGUUGUGUGUAUAUAUAAGACUAUUUCCUAGCAGUGUUGUUGAUCUUUAUGGACAUGAGUUUGAUAUUGUAAGUAUGUUUUAUUAAUAUUAAGUAUAAUGUUA